CGUGUUGUGCUCCCUCUUUCCACGAGCGUCUCUUUGAAACCUGUCCUCUUUACUUGGACACUCUUGUAUUCAGUAGCAAUAUAGGACCACUUGUUUGACUUCUUUAAUCUGCAUUUUAAGUGGCCGAAGUCGCGGAGCCUGCAUUAUAAGACUUUUUUGUCCGCUGACAGCAAGGCGGUGACUUGUGAAUCCAAGCAACACGCGUCUUGUUUGAAAUCUCGUUCUGCGCUCGAUUGGUUAGGCUUGUCGAGACAGGCGGGAACCCCAGAAUCGGGCAGAGGAAGACUCGAAUCGUAUGAAAGUGAAGUUGGCGGCGUGACAGACUGGAGGAAGUUCGCACCAUGGAGGGUUGCAAUGAACUGCUUUCUCCAGUCAUACGUGAUACAGAGGUUUCAAAAACAGCCCGGAGAAAGAGUGCACAGAAGAAAGUUUCAAUUAUGUCAUCUCAUGGCGACAGCCCAGAAUUCAGUGUCACUCCUACUCGCACUCCGCUAUUGGGACGACCUUUAGGAUCUCUAUUGAAGCAAAACUUUAUCCCUCGGAGCUCUUUGAAAUAUCCAGAUGUAUCGGCUAUUUUGCCAUCAGCAGGGAAGUCUCCAAGACAUUUCCAGAAGCCAGGUUAUAUAUCCAAUAUGUCUAUGAAUCUGGAUGAAAGUGAUUGGAACUUCAGUUUUUCUUACUUGCCUCAGCCAGCAGUCAUACCUGAGGGCAGUUUCACAGAAGAUGUAACACUGAGUGCAGUCAUGCUGAAGGAGGAGGAUCCAGGAGAAGCUGCUUCAGUUAGCAUGUUUGCAAGUUUUCUGCAGUCCUAUCUGAAGCAUUCCUCAAGUACAAUAUUUGAUCUUCUGGGGAAGUACGAAACUGUUUGUGAGGAACAGGUUAAUAUGCUGAAGAAAAUAGUGACCCGAACAACUCCUGGUCAUCAAAAAUUUUCAAAAACAGCCAGUUUGCUGUGGUUACUACAGCAUGAGACAGUAACAUGGCGUUUGUUGGCCUCCUUGUACAGAGACAGAAUUCAUUCAGCACUUGAAGAUGACAUAAUGGUGGAUGUUGCUAUACCCACAGAAAGUGAAAAACUCAUUAUGGAAAAUUUGUUUCAAAGGGAUUCAAUAGUUCGGCAGAGUCAGUUAGUUGUAGACUGGCUGGAAAACAUUGCCAAAGAUGAAGUGGGAGAUUUUUCUGAUAAUAUAGAGUUUUAUGCAAAAUCAGUAUACUGGGAGAAUACAUUACAUAGUCUUAAGCAACGAAGCAUGUCCCAUGCAGGAUAUAGUAGGCCACUGGUUACUGAAUUGGAUCCUGAUGCUCCAUUCAGACAGAAGAUGCCUUUAGCUGAUCUUGACAGAGAGGAUGAAGGCCGGCUAUUGAAGUACUUGUUCACACUUAUUCGUGCGGGUAUGACAGAUGAGGCCCAGCGCCUUUGUAAGCGGUGUGGUCAGGCUUGGAGAGCAGCAACUCUGGAAGGAUGGAAACUGUACCAUGAUCCAAAUAUUGGUGGAGGAAUGGAGUUGCAGACAGUAGAAGGAAACCCCCAUCGAAUAAUUUGGAAAGCUUGCUGUUGGAGGAUGGCAGAAGAUGAGAUGUUCAACAGAUAUGAACGUGCGAUCUAUGCUGCCUUAAGUGGAAACCUAAAGCAGUUGCUUCCAGUUUGUGAGACUUGGGAAGAUACAGUGUGGGCCUACUUCAGGGUCAUGGUAGAUUCUUUAGUGGAACAGGAAAUUCGAUCAACUGGCACUGUUGUUCAAGAGCUGGAUGAACUGCCCAGAGAAAGCUUGGAGGCCAACUGGACAAUGGAGAAAGUGUUUGAGGAACUGCAGGCAACUGACAGACCACGUGUGCUGGAAGAAUCUAAGGAGCAUUUCCAUAUUAUUCAGAAGUUCAUUAUCCUGGAAGAUUUAGAUGGCUUGAUGGACGAGUUUAAUGAAUGGCUGAUGGCUGGAAAGCCUAGUCUUCCUUCACACUUGCUACGCUUUAUGUCACACCUGAUUUUGUUCUUCCGCAUGUUGGGAAUGCGAACAAAGGAAGAAGUAUGUGUGGAGGUGCUGAAGAUGUAUAUUCAGGUUCUCAUAAAUAUGAAGAAUAUAGAUUUGAUUGCACAUUAUGUUAGGCACUUGCCACCAGACCAAGCAAUUGUUCAGUAUGCUGAAUUUCUGGAGUCCAUAACAGAGACUGAGCAGCGGGUGCAUUGUCUUAAACUAGCCAGGGAAGCUGGACUAGAUGUGGCAGCUGUGACAAAGAUGGUGGUAGAAAAUGUUCGCAAGAAAGAUGUGGAAGACUUUGCUCAUCAUGACAUUUCUCCUGCUUUUGACUCUGGCACAUCACAGGCUGAUCUGCGAAAGAUUGAUGUAAUUGGCUGGCUGGUGUUUUAUCCAUCACAGAGGUCAGAGGCAUUGAAACAGAGUAAUGCAAUCAUGAGGAUGUUUAUGGGUUCAAAGAAAUACGAAGCUGCCAAGGGUGUUUUCAUUAAGAUCCCAGAAGACUCUGUACAUGAAAUCUAUAAGCACUGGGGGGAUCAAGGAUUGGAUGUUCCUGCAGAGGAUAAAAAUGCAAUUCGUGAGCACCUCUGUAUCCGAGCCUACCUAGAAGCCCAUGAAGCCUUUAAUGACUGGUUUAAGCACAUGAACACUGCUCCCAAAAGCCAGUCCUGGCCCCCACAGGCCAAGUUCAAAGAGGAGGUUGCCUAUGAGAUGAAAGUUAAAGAUUAUGAAAUGGAAUAUCAGACCUGGUGCAAACAUUUGAAUGCACUGACCAGUGAUGUCAAGGACAAAAUGUACAAUGUACUACUUUUUGUAGAUGGAGGUUGGAUGGUUGAUGCUUAUGAGAAUGCAGAAGAGGACCAAGAACGUUCCCAUCAGAUGACAUUACUGAGGAGGCUCUGCCUGCCAGCCAUGUGUUUCCUGCUGCACAGCGUACUGCAUAGCACUAAGCAUCAUCAGGAGUGCUUGCGAUUAGCAGACAUUGUGUCCUCUGAGCAACAUAAGCUUUAUCAGGUAUUUUCUAAGGAGGAGCUGAGAAGGUUUCUGCUGAAGUUGAGAGAGUCUUCCGUGGAGCUUUUGGAUCAAGGACUUGACCCCUUGGGUUAUGAAAUUAAAUCAUAAUAAUUGCUUUAAACUACAUUUUCUAAUUCUGUGAUUUUUGUAUAUAAUAAAAGUUCAACAUAUUUUCA